UGAUUGGUGAACCCUAAUAUCCUCCAAAACGGCACUCUCUCAUACACAUAUACACACACACACACAUAUAUAAUGUAUACGAAUGUAUAUACAGAUACAUAUAUAUUAUGUAUAGUCACACGUGUCCCUAUCCGCAACGCUCUCAAACACGUACCCAUCGUUUUCUCUCCAAAUGUCACUCCACUCUCUCCUCCUUUGCCUUCCCCUCAUUGGUCCGCCAUUCUUAUGAUAUAUCAUCCUCUCCGAAUACCCAUUUCCUCAUCUUCUUCCUCUUCCUCUUGUUCAUGUUCUUGUUCUUGAGUUAGUAACAAAGCCAUGAUCAAGAUACUAAACCCUCCCUCUCAUUCCGCUACUUCCACUACCACCCUCAAGACGGCUGAGAUUUUGUCAAAGUAUCGACCCAUUGCUCCUAAGCCCGAGACGCCUCCCCUUAACGACGAUGACCCUUCUUCUUCUUCUUCCUCCUCCAUGUCUCAGAAGAUCAACCAGUCUCCUUACCUUCGAAGCAUCUGGCCUCAGCUUCAGGCACGACCCACCAGGACCAGGAAGCGUGGCAGAAGCUCCAUGGCUCCACCUCCUCAUCGUAACCUCCUCGGUCUGAAAAGGACCAAGACGACGGCCACUUCACAGCAUGUUCUUGGGUUCUCCGGAGGUGUUCAAAUGCUGUCGUUUCAGGCGUUUCCUCCUCUGGUUCCAGGCCUUUCUCAAGUUGGGUUUGCGUUGGAGAAUGUUGUCGGCUCCUCUGGUUUGGUAACUCUGCCUCUCCUUCAGUGUUCUUCUUCUCCUUCCCCUGUCUCUACUGAAACCCAGUUCAUGGAACCCGAAGGGGAAGAGAGAAGAGUCAUUGAUUUGAACAAGUCUGCUGAAUUGUUGGAGGAGAGAGAUUUCUUGGGUCAAUUACAGAGACCAUCCAUGGCGGAACCCACGAACAAAGUCAUAGCACCGCAGCCGAUUCGUCCUGUCGGUUCCAAGAUCAUUGUCUCCUGCAUAAACCCGAACAAGAAGUCAGCCGAUGGAGACCAAAGCUCCAAGACAGCACAAGAGGUUGAAGAAGAAGUGGAAUCAGAUGACUCACCUGCUCUGAUCACCGACUAUGAAAACCGAGUCAGGCUCGUGAACUCGGCCUACAAGGAAAUGGUGGGUCAACCCGAGUGUUCAUGGAUGGAUUCCAUGGUCAACAACGGAAGAGCAACGAGAGGGAAGAGGAUUUGUGGGGAAGUGAUGCUCUGUUUUUCCGACCGGAAAGUGCCCGUUUCGGACAAUGGGUUCUCGUGUUGGACGAGGAUCGAGUGGGGAAGAGACGAUGACAUGAAGAAAGACAAGAAGCUCGUCGACGGCUUCUGCGACGUGGUGAGACUUAAUUGUCGGUCCAAUGGCUAUGUUCUCUCAUGGAGGUUCCGUCCCAACACUAAAGAGACUUCGCAGUCCGGUUGCGUUAAUGUCUGAAUGGACCGACUUCUCAGUUUAAUUAUGAGGACCCUUCCACUUGAAGUUGUCCGCAUAUGACUUGGGCUGCAAAGCAAUCACAAGUCAAUGAUGUCAUAUAACGUAUCAACUUUGAAGAGAGACAGAGAGAUUUGAGUGUUCCGUGCACGAUUUGCAUGUCGGUGAGAGUUCUAAGAGCAUUUUAUCCUUAAUGUUAUAAAUGAAUCGGAUAGUUGUGGAAAUCUAACAAAGAGCGUACAGAAGA